UGUUUCAGGCUGCCGAACAACAAAGCACAGAAGAAGAUGACUUUGCCAAGGACCGAUACGGUGUGUCGGCUAUGGUCCAGUCCCAACAGAAACUGGACAGGGCGUUGGUGCGAGUCCAAGACCUGAAUCCUGAGAAAGCUGACCAGCUCAUUUGGCUGCGUGCCCGAGUCCACACCAGCAGAGCCAAAGGGAAGCAAUGCUUCUUGGUUCUGCGUCAACAGCAGUUCAACGUGCAGGCACUGGUCGCCGUGGGAGAUCGUGCCAGCAAGCAGAUGGUCAAGUUUGCUGCAAACAUCACCAAGGAAAGCAUCGUAGACGUGGAGGCGUUGGUGAGAAAAGUGGAGCAGAAGAUCGAGAGCUGUUCCCAGCAGGACGUUGAGCUCCACAUCGAGAGGAUUUUUGUCAUCAGCCAGGCAGAACCUCGUCUCCCCCUGCAGUUGGAAGAUGCUGUCAGGCCUGAUGGAGAAGGGGAAGAGGAGGGCAGAGCUACAGUCAACCAGGACACCAAGCUGGACAACAGGGUGAUUGAUCUCAGGACGACCACAAGCCAGGCCAUCUUUCGCCUGCAGUCAGGAGUGUGCCAGCUCUUCAGAGAUACCCUCACCAAAAAGGGCUUUGUGGAGAUCCAGACCCCUAAAAUCAUAUCAGCUGCCAGUGAAGGUGGAGCAAAUGUCUUCACGGUGUCUUACUUUAAAACCAGCGCCUACCUGGCCCAGUCUCCCCAGCUCUACAAGCAGAUGUGCAUCUGUGCUGACUUUGACAAGGUCUUCUGUGUGGGUCCAGUUUUCAGGGCAGAGGACUCCAACACCCACCGUCACUUGACUGAGUUUGUGGGUCUGGAUAUUGAGAUGGCCUUCAACUACCAUUACCAUGAAGUGAUUGACUCCAUCACUGACACCAUGGUGCAGAUCUUCAAGGGCUUGAGAGACAACUUCCAGACCGAGAUCCAGACGGUGAACAAGCAGUUCCCCAGUGAGCCUUUCAAAUUCCUGGAGCCCACUCUGCGGCUGGAGUACACCGAGGCCCUGGCCAUGCUGCACGAGGCCGGGGUGGAGAUGGGUGAUGAGGAUGACCUCAGUACGCCCAAUGAAAAGCUGCUUGGCCGUCUCGUCAAGGAAAAGUAUGAUACUGACUUUUAUGUGCUGGAUAAGUACCCACUGGCUGUUAGACCCUUCUACACGAUGCCUGAUCCAAGCAACCCUAAAUACUCCAACUCAUAUGACAUGUUCAUGAGGGGAGAGGAGAUCCUGUCUGGAGCUCAGAGAGUCCACGAUGCCCAGCUGCUCACUGAAAGAGCCAUCCAUCACCAAAUUGAUCUGGAGAAGAUCAAGGCGUACAUCGACUCCUUCCGGUAUGGAGCUCCCCCACAUGGUGGUGGAGGCAUUGGCCUGGAGAGAGUCUGCAUGCUGUACCUGGGUCUCCACAAUGUGCGUCAGACCUCCAUGUUCCCACGUGACCCUAAGCGCCUGACACCUUGAACCCUGAACCUUCACGAGCAAACCCAGUCAUCAUUGGACUUAACACACAUACUUUGGUGAUGGGAAACAAUACUAAUCCACAAUCCAGAAAAGGGAGUAUGGUAAAGGAGCUAGUGCCACCCUAUGACUCUAACGUGCCACUAUGAUUAACCAUUAAGAUGAAAAUGAAGCAGUUGCAGCAGUAGUCGUACUUUAUUGAUUGGUGUACAUAGUUGUCCCAAAACAACCAAUAACAGAGGCAUAAAAGAGAAAGAGGUGUUGGCCAGUGGUUUAAGGAAGCUGCUGUAAAGCUGCACACACAUAAUUCAUCUUUUAAUCAGUUAGUCAGUAUUUGUCUCAGUUCUUUUCUAUGGAGAUGUUAAACAACUACCUUAAUACAGCUCUGAGUCCCUCCUAAUACCAGCAUAGACUAAGGACUAAUGAUUGUGGUCUUCAACUGUAACUCCAGGUGUUUUGUAUGUUAUUAGAGGACUAAAGACAUAAUAAUUAAAUAAAAAACCUCUAAAACCAUCAA